CUUCGGCCCGGAACCCCGGCCAAAGAUGGCGGCGUCCAGGUGGUGGCGGUUCGUGCCCCGCGGUCCAGGACGGUCGCUGCACGCCGCGGCCGAGACUGCCGCCGGGGCUCCAGAGGUCAUCGUUCCAGAUGUCGCCGCGGCGCCAGUCGCGCGCUACCCGCCAAUUGUGGCCUCCCUGACUGCCAAAAGCAAGGCGGCACGACAGCGGCGAGUGGAGCGGUGGCAGGCAAAGGUGCACGCGGCCCAGUCCGCGGACGAGAAGAUACGAAUCCUCACCAAGAUGCAGUUCAUGAAGUACGUGGUUUACCCGCAGACCUUCGCGCUGAACGCCGACCGCUGGUACCAGGGCUUCACCAAGACCGUGUUCCUGUCGGGCCUGCCGCCACCUCCCCCAGCGCCCGUCCCCGCGCCCGUCCCGGACCUGGCGACUCUGCGCGCCGCCGCGUGCGACUGCCUCCUGCAGGAGCACUUCUACCUGCGGCGCAAGGGGCGCGCGCCCCUCUACCGGGAGCGGGAGACCCUCGCCUCGCCCUUUCUGGACCAUCUGGUGACCGCCCUCGUGGGCCUGGUCAGCGCGCACAACCCGGUCCUGGCCGCCGCCGCCCUCGAUUGUAAACGUCCAGUUCACUUUUACUGGUGGCGUGGUGAAGAGACGAUUCGCCAUGGUCAUCGGAAAGGUCGAGUUGAUACCUUGAGAUACCAAAUAAAUGAUACACCACACAACCAGAUUCGAAUAUCCAAACAACUCCCAGAGUUUGUGCCGCUGGAUUAUUCUGUACCUAUAGAAAUCCCUGUUAUGAAUUGUAAGCCAGACAAACUCCCGUUGUUCAAACGACAAUAUGAAAAUACCAUAUUUAUUGGAUCGAGGACAGCAGAUCCAUACUGUUACGGGCAUACCCAGUUUCACCUGUUACCUGACAAAUUAAAAAGGGAAAGACUGUUGAAACAGAACUGUGCUGAUCAGAUAGAAGUUGUAUUUAGAGCUAAUGCUAUCGCAAGCCUUUUUGCUUGGACGGGAGCACAAGCUAUGUAUCAAGGAUUCUGGAGCGAAGCAGAUGUUACACGACCCUUUGUCUCUCAGGGUGUGAUCACAGAUGGCAAAUACUUUUCCUUUUUCUGCUACCAGUUAAAUACUUUGGCGCUGACUGUACAAGCCGACCAAAAUAACACUCGUAAAAACUUCUGCUGGGGGACACAGAGUAAGCCUCUUUAUGAAACCAUCGAAGAUAAUGACGUGAAAGGUUUUAAUGACGAUGUUCUACUUCAGAUAGUUCACUUCCUACUGAAUAGACCAAAAGAGGACGGAUCGCCGCAGUUGGAAACCUAAGAAGAAACAGUGGAUUCAGAACUUUGGGAAUACUUACAUUUAAUGAAGCAACAAUAAAAAUAUUUCCUAUGUUACUCUGUGAUUAGACCUCUCAUUCUAUUCAAAAUAUAUGCUGAAAGAUUUAGAUAUAAUAAUGUUGAUUUAAAAGCAGUUUUAUUUCUCCAUGGCUGACUGAUGAGACUGACUGAGCUACGUUCAGUACCUAGUAUUGCAAGUGGGUUUAAAGGGAAUAAAAAGAUAA